UUUGUGCACCGUAUUUAAUUCCUCACCAAAACAUAAAAUGGGAUCAAGAAUUCUUUCCAUCCUCAUUAUAUUCUUCGUACUUCCGUAUUUCGCCAUUUGUCGCAAAUGUGACCAAGUUGUGAAAGAAGUUUCGCCCGAGAUUCUCAGCUAUCUUGGAAAUGUGUCCUUCGCCGCUCCCGGACCGUCUGGCGGAUCUACGUGGACCUUGUACAUGAAAACUACAGCUCCCUUCACAUUCAUUGGUGGUUGGGAUGUCCGUGUAGAAAGUGACGCUGAAAAGGGCAUCGUAACUUUUCAUAACGCCGAUGAAUGGGUCGUGAAAGCAGGUGAAGAAAUAUCGUUCCGAUUUAGGAUUCACUAUGCUCCUGGUACUAGGAAAAUUCCGCACGUGAAAUCAUUGCAAUGGGAAAAGUGGACAAUUUGCGAAGGGACAACCUUACCUCAAAAACUCGAAAGUUCUGACAGAAAAAGUAUCAGGAAUGACUUGUUAAGGAAAAGGAAAAAUGUAUACGAAGAAAGAAAGUACGGGUCAAAAUCGGAUAAUAAUUACGUUCGACCAUAGUUUAUAAAGUAUCAUGUCAUAAUUUUGCAUUAAUUUAUAUGUAUAUUGAAGCGUUUCUAAAUUGCAAUAAAUUUUUUGCCAUUUAAUAAAGUGAGAAUUUCUCAGAAA